GUAAAACUUAGCUGUCGUUUUGGUCCCAAAUAUAGAUCGGCGCCAAGCUGAAAAGUCGCGCCCGUGCUGCUACGCCAUGGGUUCCGUGCUGGGCAAGCUACGGCGACCACGACGGCUGCAGUCCGUCCCCCAUACCCGUGUGGAGGCUGCAACCGUCACACCCGUGUCUAUCCUCGGGCCUUCGAGCCACGAGCACGAGGGAUCGAUGAUGGCCACGGGGGUUGACGUUGUAAAACCACUGCCACCUCGACAAGCCAAGACAGCAAAGCAAAUUCUCAAGUCGGUCAUCUCUGCGAGCACGCAAAACCUGCUCGCAGACGGCACGACAGCGGAAGACUUGCUCACGGGCAACAAGACAAGUCAAGCGUUCUUGAACUACAUUCGACACACAGAAGGGGGCAUGAGUCGACAGAGCAGUGUGAUUGAAAACGCGCUCGUGUUUUGGAUGACUGUUCGAGAUCUGGAUUUUGUACCCGACGGCAUGUUCCGAUCGUUUGUGAUUGCUGGCGCCUACGAAAGCUACAUCCAACCCCAUGCCAAGCGCGAGGUUCCUGUCGUGAGCAAUGUCGAACGCGCCCAGCUCAAGCUAUACGUGGACGAAGUGGAAAUGGACGAAGCCACGGCGCUGUUGCAGCAGAUUUCAUUAGACGCGCUGGAACUGGUGCGCGAAUCGUUUGCGGCGUUCUUAAAGGACCGCGGGCCGUACGGGUUUCGCGAGACACGGCUAAACAAAGGCACGUUGCCCAACUUUCCGUACGAAACACAGGGCGAACAGCGCGAGAUUCUCGAAGAUUUGCUCGAACACCCGAGCAGUUGUCGAGCAUUUCGAGAGUACUUUCAGCGCAUUGGCGGAUGCCCCGAGUACAUGUUUCUCGUCGAUGUGUUGGAUUACAAAGACACGGUCCAGGCGCUGCAUCACGAAACCAUGACGGCGGAAAAACACCAGCUGCAUGUCGGGUACACGAUGCGAAAGCUGCGCAAAAUCUACAACAAAUACCUCAAACACGGCUCCAAAGCCAUGAUUCACAUCCAAGAACGGCUGCGGGAAAGCAUCCUUCUCGAUAUUGCCAAGAACCCGAUCCCGUCCGUGGAAGUGUUUGACAUCGCCAUGAACAGCUGCUCCUACGUCGUCAUCCUCGACCACCUCAACCUAUUUUUACAGUCGCCCGAAUACGAAGCCUCGAAAUCUCGACGGGUAGAGCCCGAAAUUCACGGCGAGAAAGAUUACUUUGUGCCAACGAACGGCCUGCCCACUUUGCCCGUGCCGUCGCUGCCAGUGAUGGUGGCUGGCUCGGGCUCAAAGUACUUUCGCAGCUAUCUGCGGGACCAAGGCGUCGAGUCGACCAUGGACUUCUACCUUGAAAUCGAGCAGUUCAAGCUCCUCCCACACAACAAGAAGGGGUACAUCGCGGCCAUUGCGGGCAAAAUCUUCAAAAAGUACAUUUGCCGUGGCGCCAAGUUGGAGGUGUACCUGCCGUCACACAUCCGCCGCAAUAUUCUCCAAGACAUCGCCGACCCCCAAGACAGCACGUUCAACGAAGCAUGCGAGUACGUACUGGGGCUAUGGGAGCGCAAGUACCUCAAGCAGUUUCGAGCGACACCCUGGUUUAACGACAUGCACCUGCACUUUUCCCGCGAGCAAAAAUCGCUGGACGGGUCGGAACGACAGCGCGCGCUGCUACCCCUGGAGCGAGACGAGCCCAUCUCGCAGAACGCAUUCCGCGACUUGCUUGCGCAUGAAAACUCGGUGCAGAUGACCCAAUUCCACAAGUUUCUCGUCAAGGAGAGCUGCGCGUCGUACCUUCUCUUUUACAGCGAGAUCGAAGAGUUCAAGCGGUUGCCCAAGUCGGACUACUUGACCAGGCAAGCCAAGAAGAUCUUCUACCGAUUCCUGCACGCGUCUGCCAAGGAAAGCGUGUGCCUGUCCACUGCAACCAUCACAGAGUUCAAUGUACACAUGGAGAACCCGUCGCCGGCUAUGUUCCGCACCGCGCAGGAGGAAGUGCUGCAGUUCCUGUGGAAGGUGCUGUACCCCAAGUUUAUGAAGUCGCCGUUCUUCUGCGACUUGGCCACGAUCAAAGAGAUUGACAAGGCCAGCAUCAAGGCCGACGGCCGGGCAUCGAAAGGCGCGUCCAUGCUGCGAAAGGGCACGGUGGUCCCGUCGAUGAUGUCCAAGCGCGGGUCGGCCGAGAACCUCCUCGCGCCGCAGGAAGUCACGAUCACCGCCAUCUUGGCCAACCAGGACACCCGGGCCAUGCUGCUGGCAUUCUGUGAGGAAAUCUACUGUGCCGAGAGCUUGUACUUUUGGCUCGAAUGCAACGAAUACAAGAGCAUCCCCCACGUCGAUUACCUCCGUGUGCGGGCCCAAAAGAUUUAUCGCAAGUACAUCACCGACUCGGCCAAGCUCCAGGUGAAUCUCGUGCAUGCGAUCGUUCGAGAUAUUGAAAAGAGCCUCGCGGCGCCGUCGCGGACACUGUUCAUCAAGGCCCAAGAAGCGAUCGUGUUUAUGAUGGGCAAAGACACCCUUCCCAAGUUCAAAGCGUCCAAAUUUUACGACCCGUGCGUGCGGAUACUUGCCGACGCCGUAAAAUGAAGGAAAUUUUGUGGUUUUGUGGGAGCAAAAACGUACGUUAGGUUGAUAGGAAGGUAGAUAAUGAGCAUGAACAUGUCGCGCCGGUGCGGGCGAUGGUCACUGUGACAGCGUCAGGCGGGUUCGUGGUGGAAGUCGAAGGAUGGCAUGCUGUCAGC